AUAUAACUGAAACAUAUAACUGAAGAAAAAUCAAUGUCGAAACUUAAGUUUCCGCAUAGGGACGUAUCUACUGUGUUGCAGAGACUAAGGGAUUUUUUACUUGGUAGAAAACAUACUUUACACCUACGUUUUCCACAAGCGGUUGCUCCCCGUACAAUUCCACCUGUGGAUCUUCCUCGGAACCUCGAUAAUAAAUAUUCAGAGCAGUAUUAUUAUACCAGAAGUGCAAUGGAUUCCGUAAAACCACCUGUGGUAGCGCCGAUAGCUCUUGGCAGCAAAUCCAACGUAAGCAGUUGUUCCGGCAAACCGAGUGUUUCCUUUGAGUCUGCACCAACUCCGGGGCCUUCUUGGUGGUGGGAUGGUCACUGUUAUUAUGAAUGUACUCCAGAUGUUCCUAAGCCUGCGACAAAACCAACUGCCCCAUGUACUGUCGAACCUCAUUGUGAACAAAAUCCACGUAAAUAA